AACCUAAGAGAUAGAUAGAUAAAAAUGGUAGAAAAAGAUCAACAAUUAAAUGCACUCGAUGCAGGCGAAUUGGACCUAUUCGUCGAAAGUAUGGAACCAUCUCGUAUUGACAGUAUUGGCAAUCAAGCAUGGGUAGAUUGGCACAUCAGACUCCAAAAAUUAAACCAACACGCUGUUCUAGAAGCAUCUUCAAUGCGCGAGGAGCUUACUAAAGAAACUCUAAUUUCUUGUGGAAAACUGCCCGUAUUGGUUUAUGAAGCGAUAUGCAUUCAAGUGUGGAAAAUUAAAAUUUAUCCGCAAAUUGUUAAACUGGAACCAGCACCAAAUAAUACCUUUGGCCUAUAUAUGGUUUUGUACCACGAAGCAGCCGCGGUGGGACUGCUGGAAACUGUUUUGUUUCACGAGGACGGCGCGACCUGUAUCUCCGAAAUCGCCAUUGAUUUGCUCCAAUACGCAUUAGAUCAGUUAACAGCACUUCUGGCUCUUAUUAACACUGGAUAUUUGAAACCGAUUUCCGUUAAUGAUAUUGAAUGCGAAUCUCCUAUUGAGGAACUUGAGCGGCAAAAACGAGAUCUUCAGUUCGAUAUCAGCAUGAGGUGCAUUUCUAUUGUGCGAUACUUAGCAGAACAUAUGGAGGUGGCCGGUAUAGGGGCCUCGAUAUCCACCAAUAUAUACAAAACCCACGAUGUGCCAUCUUUGCUCUGUCACCUCAUAACGCAGGAGCCUUGGAAGAGAUCUAAUGAACAGGGCGAAAUGCAGAUUUUUAAUUUUGGUCGCUGGUGCAAGCCCACAACUGAGGAUUUAACUCAGCUUCAUCGUAGCGAAGCACAACUCUGGCUGUGUCUGCGACAACUAUUGUUAGAACCACGUCUUGCUCAUCACUAUAACAUAGAUGAAAGUCGUCGUAAUACAUUUUGUCAGCUACAAGCCAAGCUGACAGAGACGAUGCUGGAUCAAAUUCCACCGCUCGGCGAACUGAAGACGUUCCUUUGCAGGCUCUCGGUGGGCGAUUACUCCGGACUUCACAAUCGGACCAAUGGCGUUAAGAACCCAGGGUGCACUCUCAUUGAAGUUGUUCCACAGAUAAAGGAUGCGUACGUGAAGCAGAUACACAAACGAACUAAAUCAUUAGCGAAAACCCAACUCGAAUACUUCCGCAUGGACGGUUCGGAUGAUUCUAGAAACAUGGCGAAGAAACUUCUAGAUUCAUACGCUAGUGACACGGCCCUCGCGCUCGACGGCGGGGGUGCUAAAUGCGCUAAAUGUGGAGAGAAGGCUUGCAAAAAAUGUUCUAGGUGCAAGACAGAGUGGUAUUGUGGAAGAGAAUGUCAAGUGCAACAGUGGCCGAAGCACAAAGAACUUUGCGACCAAUAUGCGAAGCUGUGUCUUUAAUGUUAUUUAAAUUAAUAAUAAUUUAUCACUAAAUAUUAAUUCAAU